AUGAGAAAGUCUCCCCUUUUUCUUUUCCUCCUCACAACAUCAACACAAUCACGCUGCCGGAUCAACAAUCUUCUUCGUCCCAAACAACUCAACAAUCAUCACCACGAAUCUUCAUCGCGUAAGAUCUUCUCAACUACUGUCGUUGUCAAGCUAGUUGUUUCUCAUAAAGAACAACUCUGCUGGCCCUUCGGGACAAUCCGCUCCUGUGGUGCCCCCGGCGCUACCGUUCAGUUCCGAGACGACAAAUCCUAUUUUGAGGCCAAAGCGGCUUGGCACGUCGCUCGCGCCGAGUACAACCGCUACCAGGCCGUCUACCAUGAGACAGCUGCCAAGCGCCACCGCGAGUGGCUUCAGUCCGAUAUUGGAACGGCUGCUAAGCUCAAGGAGGAGGAGGCCAAGGAGCCCUCGAUUGAGGAGCUCAUUGCACAGGCCCAAGCCGCCAUUGAGGAGAAGAAGGCUGCCGUAAGUUAG